AUGUCUUCUGUUCAAAUGGUUUCUGCAAGUGCCAUCAAUUUUAAGCUACCUUACCAAAUUCUGAGGCAUGAUGGCCCUUUGUCUGAUGAUGAGGAUGAGAGAGAUCAGAGGGUAACCCUAAGGCCUAAGAAGUGGGUCAGGCUUAGAGGGGUGCCCUUGAGGAGAAGGUUAAGGGUGAAAAUGGCAAGUUGGAGGAAGAUUUGGAUGAUGAAAAAAGUUAUGCUUGUGUGUGCUAAGGUGAAGAAAAGGUUCAAAGAGGGACAUGGUCAUUUUGGUGACCUAUUUGCUGGGAACUAUCUCUUCACUCAAAUCAACCCAACAUCACUCAAGUAUCUUGAAAAGAAACUUUCUCAAGCAAAAAUUGUUUGA